AAGAAGAACACACCACCACCCCUUCCAGCGUCCGGGUGCUCGGUGGCUACACCUCUCUCUCUUCCCCCCCCUCAACCCCCCGACGUCGCUCAUCGUUUCUUCUCAACACCGAUUCGGCCUUCGUCACAGCCCCGGGCGAGCAGCGUUGGGUUUAUGUCUGUAUUGGACGAAAACGAGCUGUUGCGCAGCCAUUGGUACCUGUAUUGGGGAAAUAUAGCAUACAAGCAAGAACCUCACAGCCUCGGUGGCGAAAAAUUUUUCAUGUCAGAGACCGAGAACUCUUGCAGUCGUUUAUGUCAUCACGUCUUCUCCAGACAGAAGAUACCAAAAAGUUGCAAUCAAAGAUCUCUCCAUCUUAUUGAUAAAGCUACUAAUAAGCCAAAAUGUCUGUCAAUGUCAACCGCAGUGUUUCGGAUCAGUUCUAUCGCUACAAAAUGCCCCGUCUGAUUGCCAAGGUUGAGGGCAAAGGAAAUGGGAUAAAGACAGUUAUAGUCAACAUGGUUGACGUUGCAAAGGCGCUUAAUCGGCCUCCUACGUAUCCCACCAAAUUUUUUGGUUGUGAGCUGGGAGCGCAGACCCAGUUUGAUGUUAAGAAUGACCGUUACAUUGUCAAUGGAUCUCAUGAGGCGAAUAAGCUACAAGACAUGUUGGAUGGGUUCAUUAAAAAAUUUGUUCUCUGUCCUGAGUGUGAGAAUCCUGAAACUGAUCUGCAUGUCAAUCCUAAGAAACAAACCAUUGGUAACUCUUGCAAAGCCUGUGGAUAUCGAGGCAUGCUUGACACAAACCAUAAACUCUGCACAUUCAUUCUCAAAAACCCACCGGAGAGCAGUGAGACUGGUACAGGCAAGAAAGAGAAAGAAAAGAAGAAUAGAAAAGGCAAGGAUAAAGAGAAUGGUUCUGUGUCUAAUACUGAGACACCAUCCCCUCAGUCAGCAGCACCAGAAGAGCUUAGUCCUCCACAUGUGGAUGAUGAUGAUGAUGACUGGGGUGAAGACACAACCGAAGAAGCCCAGAGGCGCAGAAUGGAUGAAAUCAGCGAUCAUGCAAAAGUUCUCACCCUGACUGAUGACCUAGAAAGGACUGUUGAAGAAAGAGUUAAUAUACUAUUUGACUUUGUUAAGAAAAAGAAGGAAGAAGGUGUCAUAGAAACAUCUGAUAAAGAUAUAGUGGCAGAAGCAGAAAGACUGGAUGUCAAAGCUAUGGGACCCCUGGUAUUGACUGAAGUCCUCUUUGAUGAAAAGAUCAGAGAGCAGAUAAAGAAGUACAGGCGACAUUUCUUGCGUUUCUGCCACAACAACAAGAAGGCUCAAAGAUACCUUCUUCAUGGCCUGGAGUGUGUGGUAGCCAUGCAUCAGUCUCAACUGAUUUCUAAAAUUCCGCAUAUCCUGAAGGAAAUGUAUGAUGCAGAUCUUCUGGAAGAGGAGGUCAUUCUGGGCUGGGCGGAAAAGGCCUCAAAGAAAUACGUCUCUAAAGAGCUUGCCAAAGAAAUUCGUGUCAAAGCAGAACCCUUCAUUAAAUGGCUGAAAGAAGCUGAAGAGGAGUCAUCUGGCAAUGAGGAGGAAGAAGAUGAAGAUGAAAAUAUUGAAGUGGUGUACUCCAAGACGGCCAGUGUACCUAAAGUUGAAACUGUGAAGCCUGCAAACAACAAGGAAGAGGACAUUGAUAUUGAUGCUAUUUAAAGUGAAUCAAUCUAGUUUCCAGUGUUACAGUGCAUAUCUCUCUCUGCAUCUCUUACUGGAAGUGCAACAUGUGUGCACAAGCUGUAAUAGCUAAACAUCGUGCUACACUUCUUGAACUCAAAAUGUAUCUUACCAUGACUGGUAUUGUAACUAAGUUUAACAGAUGAGAGGAUUUAAUACACCAGCAAACUGAUCAGAGUUUGCUGUACAGCAUGUUUCUUUUAAACUUUGUCUUGGACAUAAAUACUUGGAGCACAUUUAUACAGUUGUGAAAAAUAAAGGAUUUGGUUUUGGAAUCUUCA